GUCAGUGGCUUUCCUUGUUUAAACCAGAAAGAAAAAAAAGAAAAAAAAAAAGUUGCAAGAAAUAGGUAAUGGCUGAAUUAGCAACUGCUGCUGGUUCCAAAGCUGCAGAAAAAGUUACAGAGACCUUGUAUGAUUUCAUUUGUCGGAAGAUUUCCUAUGUGUUCAAGUACCAAAAGUAUAUGGAGAAGGCAAAGGAACAAGUUGAGGAGCUCAGAAGUCGAAGACAAGAUCUGGAAGCAGAUGUUGGCGUUGCUGAACAACAAGGGGAAGAUAUUUACAAUGAAGUUAAAGACUGGCUGAGGGGCGUGGAAGGUUUCAUGGAACGUGAAGUAAAGCUUGUUGAUGAUGAAGAUAAAGCAAAGAGGCGCUGUUUUAAAGGGAUGUGUCCUGAUUUGAUGAAGCAAUACAGGCUCAGCAAGGAUGCAGAGCAGGUGGCAGAGGAUGGAGCCAAGCUCUUGGAAAAAGGAAAAUUCAGUGGAGUUUCCCACCCCCCUAUUCUAAGGAGGACAAAAUCCAUAUUUGUCGGCGAGGACUAUGAGAGCUUUCACUCAAGAGAGUCCAGUUUCCAGGAUAUCAUGGAGGCAUUGAAGGAUUCCAAGGUUAAUAUGAUUGGAGUGCACGGGAUGGGUGGUGUGGGCAAAACCACUCUGGUCAAAGAAGUUGCUUGGAGAGCCAAGGAAGAUAAUAUAUUUGAUGAGGUGGUAUUUACAGAGGUAACACAAACUCCUGAUCUUAAAAAAAUUCAAGCCGACAUUGCUGGUCUAUUGGGCAUGGUAUUUAGAGACCAGGAGAGUCUAUCUGGAAGAGCUGAUCAAUUACGUUAUAGGUUGAAGAAAGCCAAGAGAAUCCUUGUAAUUGUGGAUAAUAUCUGGAAGAAGCUUGACUUGAAGGUUGUUGGGAUUCCUUUUAGCUAUGAUGAGAAACGUAGCAUCCAGCAAGACAGGAAAGAAAGCAACGAUGAGCAAGUGCGAUGCACAAUAUUGUUAACAGCUAGAACACAAGUUGUAUUAAAACAAAUGAAGACUCAGAGGAAUGUAUUUGUUGAGCCUUUGGAUGAUGAUGAUGCAAGAAAUUUGUUUGGAAAAGUUGUUGGUGAUUUAACAGAUAGGUACGAUAUAGCAGCUGAAAUAGUCAAAAAAUGUGCAGGUUUACCACUUGCAAUUACAACAAUUGCAAAUGCUUUAAAAGGUAAGAGUGAUUAUGUAUGGAGGGAUGCAUUACAUCAGUUAAAAAGUUCUAAUCCAAGAUGUGUUCCUGAUAUGGAUGACACUUUAUACUCAGCUAUAGAACUGAGUUACGAAUUGCUGAACAGUGAAGAAGCAAAAUCACUACUUCGACUUUGUGCUCUGUUUAAUGCGGGUAGUCAUAUAGAACUAUUUUCCUUGCUGGCAUAUUGUAUGGGUUUGGGCUUGUUUCAUGGUGUUUAUACUCUUAACGAUGGAAGGAAUAGAAUCAAGUCGCUGAUUGAUUCUCUGGAAGCUUCGUGUUUAUUGUUGAAAGGUAACAGUAACGAAACGGUCAAAAUGCAUGACAUCAUUCAUGCUGUUGUUGCAUCAAUUGCUAAAGAGAAACGUAUGUUUAAUAUUCAAGAUGGCAAUGGCUUUAAAGAAGGGCUGGUGAACGAAGUUUACAAAGAUUCGGUUGCAAUUUCUCUGCCUUAUAUAGACAUUGAUGGACUUCCUGAAAGGGUAAAGUUUUCGAAUCUUGAGUUAUUUACUUUGUAUCUUGAAGAAGGUCAUCUUUUACAAAUCCCAAACCACUUUUUUGAAGGGAUGAUGGAACUCAAAGUUCUAGAUUUGGAGGAAGUUCAUUUAUUACCACCACCCUCAUCCUUUCUUUGCCUAACAAACCUUCAAACAUUGAGUCUGAUGUAUUGCACUUUAGGAGAUAUAACAAUGAUCGGAGAGCUAAGCAAUUUACAUAUUCUUAGUUUUGUAUGGUGUGAAUUCGAACAAUUGCCUGAAAGUUUUAGACAAUUGACGCAACUAAAGUUAUUAGAACUAACCAAUUGUCCAAAGCUUAAAGUAAUCACACCAAAUGUCAUAGCCAACUUGUCUCUAUUAGAAGAGCUAUAUAUAUAUAAUAGCUUUGAUCAAUGGGAAGUUGAAGGACGGAAUAACGCGAGUCUUGUUGAGUUGAAGAGAUUGUCUAAAUUGAACACUUUAUGCAUACAUAUCUCGAAUCUGCAGCUUAUACAGCAGGACUUUAUCCCUGAGAAUUUAGAAAAGUAUACAGUACAUAUUGGAGAUGCAUGGGAGUGGUCUUAUGAAUAUGAACCCUCGAGAACAUUGAGACUCAAGUUCAAUAGAAGUCUUCAUUUGAGGUAUGGGGUUGAAAUUUUGCUGGAGAAAGCUAAAUAUCUCUAUCUAGAUCAGCUAGAUGGUGUUAAGGAUAUACUUUGGGAAAUUGACAGAGAAGGUUUCCCACAAUUAAAGCAUCUCUCUGUACAAAAUAGUUCUGAAAUUUUGUAUAUUGUCAACUCAAUGGGAUGCACUCCUUCUAAUGAUUGCUUUCCAAUCUUAGAAUCAUUGUUUCUUGUUAAUCUAAGUAAUAUGGAGAAGAUAUGUUGCAGCCUAGUCAAUGCGAAGUCUUUCAGCAAAUUAAGAAUCAUAAAAGUAGAAAAGUGUGACAGGUUGAGGUAUCUCUUCUCAUCCUCUGUGGCCGAAAACAUCUCUCAGAUACAAGAAAUCGAAGUAACUGAUUGCAAGGAGCUAAAGGAGAUUAUUGGUCAAGAAAUUGCAAACCAUGUUGAUGAAAACGAAAGGAAUUGUAAGGUUGAGUUUAAACUAUUGCAUUCCCUAGUACUACAAUGCCUGCCACAGUUCAUAAGUUUUGGCUUGAAAGUUGUGUUGCCAAGAUUGGAGAACCUGAAACUAUCCUCAAUUAAUAUCGAGAACAUAUGGGUUGAUCAACCAAAACCAAUACCUUCCUAUAUUGAAUGCUUAAAAAGCUUAUCUGUGGAGGACUGUAAUGGUUUGAAGUUUAUGUUUUCAUCCUCCAUGGUCAAAAGUCUCGUGCAACUCCAAAAGCUUGUGAUAUGCAACUGUAAGUCGAUGGAAGCAGUAAUAUUUGACUCAAAAGGGUUAGAAGGAGAAGACAAGAUAAUUGAUAUGAGUUUUCCAAAACUAUUCUACGUAAAGCUUGCAUGUCUUCCAAAACUCACAAGAUUUGGCACUGGAAAUUCAAUUGAAUUCACCACCUUGAAUGAACUUCACAUUGAGAGUUGCUCUAAUUUGAAGAUAUUCUUCCACAAUUCUUCUGGUGUAGAGAGGCUAGGAAAGGAACUUGAUGAAUUUAUUUCGACGAAAAAUAUUACUGAUGUAAAUCCCCUUUUCGAUGAAAAGGUUGUUUUUCCAAGCUUAGAGAAGAUGUUUCUCUCACACCUGGAUAACUUACACUUGAUAUGGCACAACCAACUCCAUGCAGAUUCCUUUGGCAAACUAAAAGAAGUGAGAGUCGAAUUUUGUGAAAAAUUGAUGACUAUUGUUUCUUCUAAUUCUGCUCAAGGACUUCUUACCUUUCACAAUCUAGAAACAUUAAUUGUUGAGAAUUGUUGGAGUAUGAAAAGUCUAUUCCCAGUUUCCAUAGCUACCGGUCUUUUGCAACUUAAAGAGCUUAUGAUUUUCUCUUGCGGGUUGGAGGAAAUUGUUUCCAAGGAGGAAGCAGAUGGGACCCCUAUAUUUUUGUUUCCUCAGUUAACCUUCCUCGGACUUGAUAAUUUACCGAAACUCAUACAUUUCUACAUGGGGUUGCAUACAACAGAGUUGCCAAUGCUAAAAUUGUUGAGGGUGUAUAAUUGUGGAAAAGUAAAAGUAUAUGCUUCAGAUGGAGAGAGCCAACCUGCCCUGUUUUCGUUUGAAAAGGUGAUACCCAAUUUGGAAAACUUGGCUUUAAAUGGUGAUUACAUUACAUCCAGGUGCCUUGAUCGUAUUCCAGCUAGAAGCUUUUUGAAACUUAAAUUUCUUUCAUUGGCUUACCUUGAUAAGGAGUCAGUAGCAUCUUGGUUUGGUGUUCUUAAAAAAUUGUACCAUCUGAAUUCACUCUAUCUAUACGGUUGUACUUUCCAAGAACUAUUCCCAUAUGAAGAAUGUCUAUGCAAAAAUGAUUCCCAAGUGGACACAUUUCUUCAAAAUCUUCAAACUCUGGAAAUAUGGAGCUGUCAUCGCUUGACAUAUUUAAUGUCAUCCUCCACAAUUUCCUUCAAAAACAUUAAGAAUUUGGAAGUCCACUGUUGUAAUGGAUUGACUAAUAUAUUAGCAUGCUCAGUAGCGAGAGCUCUUGUCCAUCUCACAACAAUUAGAAUAACAGAAUGCAAGUUAUUGACAGAGGUAAUAGCGACUGAGGUCGAGGCAAUGGAAGAGGAGAUGGUUUUCAGCCAAUUGAAAAUUCUGGAGCUUCAUUGUUUAACAAGCCUCACAAGCUUCAGCUCGGCCAAUUGUGCUUUCGAAUUCCCAUGCUUAGAGCAAGGUAAUUGUUAGUCAAUGCCCCAAUUUGAAGAUCUUUUCCCGAGGAGGCUUGAGCACACCAAAAUUAAGGAGAGUACAACUAACAAAGAAGAUUGAUGAAGAAUAUUUGUGGAAUGAUGACCUUAAUUCCACUGUCCAUCAGAUGUUUACAGAUAUGGUUGGUUUCCCCAACUUAGCAUAUCUACGGCUAUCUGCAUUCCCCACAUUAGAAGAUAGAUUUUGGAACGCCAAAGUUCCUACCAGCUUCUUCUACAGUUUAAAGUGGUUGGUUUUGGACAUGUGCUUGGACACGUCAUGUGGUAUUCCAUUCAAUGUAUUGUGCAACUUAAAAAAUCUUGAAAAAUUGGAAAUAAGAAGUUGUGAUUCACUGAAAGAAGUGUUUGAUAUGGAAGGACAAUUAAAUGUUGAUGGACAUACAUUGAAGAAAAGUCAUCAGGAAGUUUUGGCCUUCAACAACCUGAAAUCCUUUGAAGUUCACAAUUGUUGUAGCUUGAGACAUAUAUUUACUCCAUCUAUCAUUUUGGGUCUUGCUCAACUGAAAGAGAUAGAAGUAAUAAACUGUGCUUUGAUAGAAGAAAUCAUCUCGAAAGAAGAAGAAAAUGAAGCAGACAUUGAGAAAAUUAUGAUAACCCAAUUGAACUCCAUUAUUCUUGAGUCAUUGCCUAACUUGACAAGCUUCUAUUCAGGAAUGAAUACUUUGGAAUGUCCUGCCUUGAAAGCUAUUACAGUAGCCAAGUGUCCACAGAUUGAAACAUUUGUUUUUGCUGAUAUAAAGCACCAAUCUGACAAUAUUGUGCCCCUUCUUAGUGAAAAGGUUGUAUUUCCAAGCUUGGAGGAGAUGUUUCUCUCACACUUGGAUAACUUACAGUUGAUAUGGCACAACCAACUCCAUGCAGAUUCCUUUGGCAAACUAAAACAAGUGACAAUCAAAUUUUGUGAAAAAUUAAUGACUAUUGUUCUAGCUAAUAAUAGUCAAGGACUUCUUACCUUUCAGAAUCUGGAAUCGUUACAUGUUAAGAAGUGUUGGAGUAUGAAAAGUCUAUUUCCAGUUUCCACAGCUACUAGUCUAGUGAAACUUAAAGAGUUGAGGAUAUACUCUUGUGAGUUGGAGGAAAUUGUUGAAAAUGAAGAAGUAGAGGGGGCCCCUUCCCUUGAUUUGUCUGGAAAGGUCAUGCCCGAUUUGGAAUCAUUGUCUCUGAAUGUCGAUGCCUUUAGACUGCAAACUAAAAGACUAUUGGAGGGAUUCUGCAAACUAAAAGAACUCUGUUUGCGUGAAUUAAAUGAUGAAUCAAUUCCAUUUUUCUAUGGCUUCCUCAAAAGGUUAUACAGUUUGGAAAUCCUUACUCUACGUGAUAUUAGGUCCAAAGAGCCAUUCCUAUAUGAAAGAGACGCAACAAAAGAAGAUUCUCAAGUGGAUCCAUUUCUUCCACAUCUUAGAGACCUGAGAAUAUGGACAUGUCAUGAUUUGACACAUUUAUGGACAUCCUCAGUAUCUUUCACAAAUCUUACAACUCUGGAUGUAUCUGAUUGCGAUGGAUUGGUAAACAUAUUUACAUGCUCAACUGUCAAAUCUCUUGUCCAACUCACAAAAAUGUCAAUAGGAGAAUGCAAGUUAUUGAAAGAAGUAAUAGUAGGUGAAUUUAACGAGAUAGAAGAAGAGAUCGUUUUUUGCCAAUUGAAAACUUUGGAGCUUUAUUGGUUAUCAAGCCUCAGAUGCUUCUGCCCAACAACACGUGCCUUCAAAUUCCCAUGCUUGGAACAAGUAAUUGUGAGUGGAUGUUCAAAAUUGGAGAUCUUUACUCAAGGAAGUUUAAGCACGCCAAAUUUAAAAAAAAUACGAAGUUGGCUUGGUAGAGAGUAUGUUGUGAAGGAUGAUAUGAAUUCCACAAUCCAACAAAUGUUUACA